AUGCUUGCAGGACGUAGUGGGACCAUCACCCAGGGUUCUUUUAGAGUCAUUUACAAACUGGGCAGAGCUAAUAAGUUACGAUCGCGUAUUCGUGAUGAAACCAAAAUCGGUCGAGGAGAUACAGAGAGCGGUAUACGCUGCGCACGCAUGCGGAAGACAAGUGCGUGCUGUGGGCAGCUUGCAUACAAGUUCUCCUCUCUUCGGCGACACUUAAAUCUGUCCAAUCUGGCUUUAGAUGGAGGAAAAAGGGUGAUUCUUCAGCCUUUGAACCCUAAUCGGCCAGUUGCCUUGGUUAAAGUGGCACCUAGCGUCACCCAGGUGGAGCUAAACAGAGAGUUGGAGGUGCUGGGAUAUGCCUUUCCCUUCGGUCCCCUCGUUUCAGACGUGACCAUUGCUGGAGCCAUAGCGACCUCAUCACACUCUGCAAACUUCAAUGAACCGUCGAUGGGUGGCUUCAUGACGGCAGUGAGAUUGAUUGACGGUAGGGGGAGCGUCAGGCAGUUUUCUGAGAACAGGACCCCCGUUGUUAUGAAAGCAUUGCGUUGUAAUUUAGGGCUGCUGGGAAUUGUGUUUGAAAUUGAAAUGAAGGUGGUUCCACUAGAAACAGUCAGCGUUCGGCGCGUUUUCACUCCACUACGGAACUUGUUCAAGUCGCACUUUCUCCGACAUCUCGUGACGAAGAACUACAUUGUAAAUGUCAUGUAUGGGGCAUAUAAUUCAUUGACAGAAGAAGAGGCCAGAUGGGCUUUGGAGACAGGAAGAGUACCAAGGACAUGGGACAGUGCAAACGAUUUGGUUUUGUUACAAAUAAUAAAUCCGAGUUCAAAGUCUGUGAACCUCGCAAUUGAGGACAAAAGGCCCGAGUCAGCUCCGAAUGUUACGGUUGUUUCACUGGGACAGACUAGAUUCAACCAACUACUUUCUGCGCCUGCCUUCGUUAUUUCAAACCUUAGUCAAGCCACCCACGUGCCUGCCGCCGUUCUGGAUAAAACUGAGUUCUCGGAAUACACCAUUCAGCAUUCAACUUUUACUGAAGAUGCCAAAGUUUUGAAGGUCUUGUCAUCAUUAUUAAACGAGAAGUCUUAUAAAAAAGGCAUUCAGCCAUUGCAACUCGGCCUGUUCAGAUGGUUCGCUGGUGCGAAUUGUUUUCUCUGUGCAGGCUCGGCGACAGUAGGGCGGAAUCGACACGAUAAGACCAAGGAUCUCGGCCACUUCGCCUCUUUUCAUCUGCACGACCUGGUUGAUUCAAGACAGGACAUCAAACGCGCAAGGGCUUUCCAAACUGCGGUUAUACAAGAAUGGGACAAAAUCGGUAACUUCGGGCGUCCUCACUGGGGUAAAGUUCUCCAGGUGUUUCCAAACCUGAAACAGCGGAUUAAGCUCAGCUACGGUCUCGACUUGGACAUAUUCAAAACCAUCCGAGAAUCACUUGAUGCCCACGGAGUUUUCACUAAUGCAUUCUUAAGAUAUUUGUUUGAUAUUAAACGUAAAAUACGUUGAAAAGAUAUCCAACACUUGGCAUAUUGUAAAAAAUAAUCUAUAUGUAGGACCUGCGAUUAUUCUUCUCACCUUCAAUUUGAAUUUGUAUGAUUAUUUUCCCCCGAAAGGGAAGGGUAGAAGUUGCACCAUUCGGAUAUUUUCCCGGGAAUUCUUUCUUUCGAUUUCAAACCUCUGCAGCACGUGGUUAUUGGCUUCAUAAUUGUGCAGAAGACACAAGAUACACUUGGCUAGGUAUCAGAUCGCUCCUUUUAUAUUUUUUGGUGGGGAUGGGUUUUUUGUCUGAUCUCUGAUGUAGAUUGCCCAGGAAAUAUAUUUCAUGUCCAAAUGUGUUAAGCUAGCUUGUUGAAGAAAUGUAUGAAUAAAUGCAUUCCGUUUGCGCAAGGAAUUUAUAUUACCAAAUAGUUGCUCUCUCUCUCUCUCUCUCAGAGUUAGACGCACGGAUUUAAGACCAUCUGUAGCUUUCCACUUCAUACAUUUUACUGCUUUAUCAUCUCAUCUAAAAAAGGAAUUUUGACGAUGCCCCAUCUGCGUGCAAUCGUAUUGUGUAAUUGUUAGCAAAAAUUAUUUGUCUGGGGAAAUCAAUAUUCUUAUUUCACACAUGCAAAACGUGUUUUGCUUAAAUAAUGAAUGCUGUAUUUUGACGUCAAGUUGUGGCUACCCGUGUCCC